CAAUGCUAUUUCCCGCUCAUUUUAUUUAAUUAUUUUUCUUAUGUUUUACUAGAGUUAAAGUUAACUGAUCUUAAAUUAUUUCUUCAAUCUAGAACGAAAUGGUUGAAAUGGAUGAAUUAGAACAAUUAGAUGAGUUACUACGUGCCGAUCUUAAUGAGGAAAGUGAAGAUAAACCCGUACAAAUUCGUGAAGUAAAUAUAUUUGAAUCAAGUGAACAUAUUGACGACAACGUACAAAAUGAGAAGGAUUUAAAAUCUGUUAUACAUAGUGGUGAUACUGAUUCUUCUGACGAUGAAGAAAAAAGGAAUUUUACAGAACGUAAAUACAACGAUUACGGCAGUCAAAUAAAGAAAACAUUAGACCAGCAGGAACAAGAACACAUAAACCGAAGAGUAGAAUUUGAAAGUAGACUUCGGCAAACAAAUAUUGACAUAAAAACUAAGAAAUCUUCUACUGCUCAGAAGUUGGAUAAUAAUUUGAACGAAAAAAGUUCGUUUUGCGUUCCUGAAGCAAAGGCUAAAAAUUCUAGUGAUGUGUACACUGAUCCCAUAUUUGGAAUUAGAAUUACCAAGCCCUUAAUCUCCAGUUCUGCCUUGCUGGAUCGGAUGCAAGGUCGAGAAGCAGUAAAUAUGCUCAGAGUGAAACGAUAUGUAGAGAAUGAGGAUUUAACAAAAGACUGGGUAAUUGCUGGAGUUAUUGUAAAAAAAAGCACUGCUAAAAAAUCACAAAAAGGUAAUAAUUUUAUCAUUUGGACAUUGAGUGAUUUAAAAGAUGAUUUAAAAACUAUUUCUAUGUUUUUGUUCCGUAAAGCAUAUAACGACUUGUGGAAAACAACAGAAGGUACAGUUGUAGCGGUAUUAAAUCCUAAUUUACUUGAAAGAUCCCAAAAUACUAAUGAGCAGGCUUGCUUAAGUGUGGAAAAACCAGAGAGAGUAAUGAUUUUAGGCCAAUCAAAAGACUUUGGUAUAUGUAGAAGUAAAAAAAAGAAUGGAGAACCAUGUACUUCAUUCGUUAAUUUAAGUCAAUGUGAACAUUGUAUUUAUCAUAUUAAACAGGAAUAUCAAAAAUAUUCUCGACGACAAGAACUUCAAUCAUCAACAAUGGGUAAAGGGCUGACUAGUUUACAAGGUAAGGUCUUUGGGAAGAAUACCUUUAUAUAUGGUGGCAAGUCUUAUACAGCUCCACCACCAAGUAAUCACAAAAAAUUUGCAGACAGAGAUCAAAAUAGACUUAUGUCUCUGACUGAUUAUUUUAAGUCUGAAGUAGACAAUUUGAUGACAAAUAAAGCACCAAUGGGGUCUGGAUUAUUAAAAAAUAACAAUGGCAUAUUACAUAGUCCCACAUCACAAAGACUGAGUGACUCGCAAAGACUUAAUAAUUUAUCCAACUCUGCUAAAGGUAACAAUCUUUCUUCUCAAAAUCUGAGUUUAGCAGAAAAAGUAGCUAAUUCACCUACUUUAGGUAAAGGAUUUGGAUUAAAAGGCAAUGGUGUAAUAGAUUUAAAUAUGUCCUAUGGACAAAAAGUUGCUGAUAAAGCAAAAUUAAAUGCAAUAAAACUUAUUCAACAAAAAGGAGGAAUCGAAAAAAGAGAUCCUAAUAAUGUAAAAGGUACAGAAGCAGGUAAAAAAAGGGCAUUGGAUAGGUUAAAUCACUCAGGUAGUGAUGAAAAUGACUCCAAAAAAACUAAACUAAAUGAGGAACAAUGUAAGAAACUUAAACCUGUAAUGUCUGAAAGAUUUAAAAAAAUAUUAGAGGCUACCUCUGUACAUCAAAAUUUAAUAAAACAGCAUGAAGAUGAUGAACAAGAAAAAUAUUUCAAUAAACUUGAGAAAAAGGAAGCUAUGGAAGAAAAAAUGCUCAACACAUUCAAGCUAGCUUGUAAGGCAGUCCGGUGUGCUAAAUGCAAAUAUACUGCUUUCUCAGCUGCACAGAUCUGUAAGGAUGAAAGGCAUCCUCUUAAAGUGCUAGAUACUUUUAAAAGAUUCUUUAAGUGUGCCGAUUGCAACAACAGAACUGUGUCACUAGAAAUACUGCCGUUACACUCCUGUGGCAACUGCAGUGGAUCACGAUGGGUUAAAGCACCAAUGUUAAGAGAAAAGAAAGUCACAUCUUUGUCUGAUGGUCUAUCAAUUAGAGGCGAAGAAGAAACAUUCAUCGGCGGACAAGUCGGGACAGGAAAGAAUAUUAACUUAUUGGUUCCUGAGAACUAAUCACAUCCAUUUUAAUCAAAUAUAAUUUAUUGAAUUAAUAUAAAUAUUUUUGCUAUGAUAUAUUUUUAAAGAAAAUUAUGAUAAGGUUUUAAAAUAAAAUACAAAAUGAAA